GAGACUAGAUCAUGUGGGGUUUCCUACUUGAGCGCAUGCGGAGUCCUUUCCUCUCCAAGUGAUCUGAAGGAACGGAGUGCUCCCUCGUGCGUGGCGCACGAGAUCGUUAAACAUGGUGCUUUUACACGUGUUGUUCGAGCAUGCAUCUGGAUAUGCGUUAUUUGCGGUCAAAGAAGUGGAAGAGAUUGGAAUGCUUCUACCUCAGGUGGAGCAAAGUGUCCUAAACCUUGGCAAGUUCAGUAGCGUGCUUAAACUGAGUGCGUUCUUCCCCUUUAAAUCCGCCCAGACUGCACUGGAAAACAUCAAUGCAAUCUCAGAAGGAGUUGUCCAUGCGGAUCUCAAGUUGUUCUUGGGGACCAACCUUCCGAUGGGAGGUAAAACCAAGGCUGUGUUGGGGGUGUCUGAUGCUAAGCUUGGAGCAGCGCUUCAGGAAGAGCUCAAUCUGUCCAUUCAGACUGGAGGUGUUGUAGCUGAGAUCAUAAGAGGUGUGCGUCUGCACUUCCAUUCCCUGGUCAAAGGGCUCACCGCUCAGGCUGCGUCUAAAGCUCAGCUGGGUUUGGGUCACAGCUACUCCAGAGCCAAAGUUAAAUUCAAUGUAAACAGGGCUGACAACAUGAUUAUACAGUCCAUCGCCCUCCUGGAUCAGCUGGACAAAGACAUCAACACGUUUUCCAUGCGUGUGCGUGAAUGGUACGGCUACCACUUCCCAGAACUGAUAAAGAUAGUGAGCGAAAACGCUACAUAUUGUAAGCUGGCCAAGCUGAUCGGGAACAGGAAGGAACUGACUGAGGAGAUGCUGGAAGCUAUAGAGGAGAUCACCAUGGACAGUGGCAAAGCUCAGGCCAUCCUUGAUGCGUCCCGCAGCUCUAUGGGUAUGGAUAUCUCUCCUAUUGAUUUGAUCAACAUUGAGAGUUUCUCCAGUCGUGUGGUGUCCCUUACAAACUACAGACAGGAACUGCAGGAGUAUUUGCGGUCGAAAAUGGGCCAGGUGGCGCCAAAUCUUGCGGCUCUGAUUGGUGAUGUGGUUGGUGCUCGUCUCAUCUCUCAUGCUGGCAGUCUGACAAACCUAGCCAAAUAUCCGGCCUCCACCGUGCAGAUUCUGGGGGCAGAGAAGGCCCUGUUCAGGGCGCUGAAGACCAGAGGAAACACGCCGAAGUACGGUCUCAUUUUCCAUUCAACAUUCAUCGGGCGGGCAGCUGCCAAGAACAAGGGUCGUAUCUCUCGUUACCUGGCCAACAAGUGCACCAUCGCAUCGCGCAUCGACUGCUUUUCUGAGGUUCCCACCAGUGUGUUCGGUGACAAGCUGCGUGACCAGGUAGAAGAACGUCUGGCAUUCUAUGAGACGGGGGAGGCGCCACGUAAAAACCUGGAAGUCAUGAAAGAAGCAGUUGCAGAGGCUAGUGAGGUAGCUGCCGAAAUCAAGCGCAAGCUCGCAAAGAAGGAAAAGAAGAAAAGAAAGCGUGAGCAGAGGAAACUAGAAGCUCUUUCCACAGCAGAAGGAGAUGAGGAUCUCAAAGCCAAUGGCGAGGCUGAGGAAAACGGAGAUGCUAUAAAGAAAAAGAAAAAGCAGGAGGACGAGGAUGUCUUAACGAACGGCGUUGAGGCCACGACGCCUUCCAAGAAGAAAAAGAAGAGGAAGAUUGACACCGUGGAGGCAGAGCCUGAGCCUGAGGUGACCGAGGAGGCUGAUGUGACACAGGUGGAGAAGAAAAAGAAGAAAAAGAAAAAGAAAGCAGAGGAUGAAUAAUCAUUCAUUCUCAAUGAACUUUUGGACUUUUUCAGUAUUGUACAGGUUUAUUUUUAGUUUCAGUUAUAAGUGUUGGACUCGCGGUCAAGUGUUGAAGAUGUUUGCGAGCAGAGUGUAAGAAAAGCGAUUGCGUUGAGAGCCCGUCACAUGUUUUUCUUUUAUACAAUCUUGCUUUAUUUCCUGUCAUUCUCACCUUCAUUUAUGUGCCUUGCUCUAAUAAAAUGACAGCCUUUUGGCAAUGAAAAGACUGAAGCUUGUCAUCUAAAGCUGCUUUGAUGAAAUGGUUUCACUUGCUCGUUUGGUUAUUCAUGGUAGUGUCUGAGCUGUUUGUAGCUAUGCAUAUUUUUAUACAUACAAAUACGGAGAUUAAACUCUUGCCAUGAUCGUAAAUGUGAACUGAUAUCAUGCAUGUGGUGUCUGCUUAAAGCUGUGUUUCCAAAGUACUCCAGCUAUUCUGAUUCAUAUUAGACAAUGCAUAAACAAUUGGCCUUUCAAUAAAUUCAUAUUCAAUUGA